CCUCAGCGUGUGGGCGGGGCUACCGAUUGAAAUUACCAAAACAAACAUGGCGUGGAGAGGCUGCAUCGUGAAAUGGACCCGGACAAAUCUAAUUUCCCCGAAAAACAUGGCUUUGCGAGCUUCCAGGCUCGACCUCUACUGCCAAGUGAGGCGUGGAUUUCGUCGUGACGCUAAGGCUAAAAGGCCAGAAUCAAAGAAAGGCAACGUCAGCCAAGAAACACGCACCAACGCUAGACCCCCAGGAAGCUCCCAGACAGGACCGCCACCUCGCCCUCAUGUCCCUCAGCCGAAGCUACUCAAGCCCCUGAUCUUCACAGUGGGGUUUACAGGGUGCUCUUUCGGUGCCGCGGCCAUCCUGCAGUACGAGAACAUAAAGUCAAGAGUCAGAACUUUAAGGGACCAAGCGGAGUCUGAAAAACUCCUGCAGAGCUCUGGAGACAUGGCGUACUGGCACGACUGGUGGAACCGGCUGACGGGUUUCCAACGCCAGCUCAUCCUCCUCAUGUCCCUAGCGGACAACUUCUGGGGCGGCCUCACUGAAGGCCAAAGGACCGUCACUGGUAUUAUCCUGGCAAAUGCCGUGGUGCUGUGCUGCUGGAAGAUCCCCUCGCUGCAAAGGGGCUUGUUCAAGUAUUUCACAUCCAACCCAGCCUCCACGAGUCAGUACCUUCCCCUGGUCCUGUCCUCCUUCAGUCACUACUCCAUCAUCCACAUGGUGGCCAACAUGUAUGUCCUGUGGACAUUUUCCUCAGAGGUGGUCUCGUUCUUGGGGAGGGAGCAAUUCCUCGCCGUCUACAUGUCUGCCGGUGUUAUUUCCACAAUGGUCAGCUACAUAAUUAAAAGGACCUCUGGACGCAUCUUUCCUUCAUUAGGAGCAUCAGGUGCAGUCAUGGCGGUGGUGGCUGGGGUCUGUGUCAAAGUCCCAGAAGCCAAACUGGGCGUCAUUUUCCUGCCGAUGUUCACCUUCACGGCAGCGACUGCUCUGAAAGCUCUUGUUGCCGUGGAUAUGGCGGGCUUGCUGUUGGGAUGGAAGAUGAUUGACCACGCGUCUCACAUUGGCGGAGCUCUCUUUGGCAUCUGGUACAUGGCAUUCGGUCACAAAUUGAUCUGGGACAAGAGGGAGUGUGUGGUGAAGAUGUGGCGCAGCAUUUGCGCUCCUGGCGGCGGCGGAUCGAGUUCUGGAGGCGGGCCCGGGGUGGACGACGACGGAGGGCCACACAGGCCCAACUGACACUCGUCAAAAAAAGCUGUCAGCCAUCGUCCGCUCAGGAAAUGCAAGCACACUUCAAUCCACAGAUAUGGCGCUAAAUGGUGUUUCUAAACGUUACUUUGCAUCCAGUGCACUGUUAUUUUACAUCCAUGUGGUCAAAGUCGAAAUGUUACCAUCUGCUUUGCACAUCAUUAUUCGUGUGUAGUAUUUGUUUUGGUGACAAAUAGUGCUCAUUUUUAUCCUUAUUCCAUCCAUCUGUUUUCUGUAAGCGCUUGUCCUCACAAGGGCGCGCUGGAACGUCUAUCUCAGCUGACUUUGGGUGAGCAGCCAAUUGCAGGGCACAAAAAAGACAACCAACCAUUCUCACCUAGACACAAUUAAAAAGUCUUCAGUGAGCCCAAUCUAUUUGGAAUGUAGAAAGAAGCAUGGUGGGAGAGAUCCAAGAUUUGAACCCAGAACGUCUCGUGACUGUGAGGCAGACGUGGUAAAUGCUACUAUGCUACGCUGGCCCUCAAGUUAGUUCAUAUAAAAAAAAAAGCAGUGGGAUUAAAUAUGACGCAAUUCUAAUACAGUCCUAAUUCAUUGACUCGCAUGAAACAUGACCUGUACAAUGUUUUUCAUUCUUGUCACAAGUGUGAAAUGUUCACCAUUGUAUAAUAAAAGGAAAACUACUGGU